AUGUCACAGGAAUUUUCAGCUAAUGCGCUACUUACAGGAGCGCAAGUAUUCCAGGGAAGUAAGGCAAUACAGAAGAACGCUGAUGCUGUAAUGUGGAUAUACAACAGUAUAAAGACUUCCUAUGGCCCAUAUGGUUUGGACAAGAUGUGUGUGGAUGCCAGUGGAUCUGUUUCUAUUACUAACGAUGGAGCCUCUAUUUUGAAGAAUAUGCUUGUGGAUGAUCCUGCAGCAAGACUUAUGGUAAAUCUAGCACUGGAGCAGGACAAGGAGGUGGGUGAUGGCACUACUUCUGUGGUUAUCCUUGCUUCUAAUCUCAUUAAGAAAGGACAAGAGAUAAUCUCAGAGGGCGUGCAUCCCUCUACCGUUGUCUCAGGAUACAGAUUAGCGUUCAACGAGAGUAUGAAGUACAUCAAGGAAAGAGUAUCAAGAAAAGUUAAUAUUACGGAUUCAAACAUGAUUAGGAACAUUGUGGACACAUGCAUUUCCUCUAAAAUAAUCUACGGGGAAAAGGAGCUAUUUACUAGUAUAGCACAAAGCUGCCUGGAAUGUGUAUCUGAAAAUGGAAGAUACGAGGUUGACAGAGUAAACAUCUUGAAAUCAAUUGGUGGAUCAAUGGGAGAAUCCCAGUUCUUUGAUGGAUACAUUCUGAACUGUUCUGUUGCAUCCCAGCUUAUGGCCAAGAGACUUAAGAAUCCAAAAAUAACAUGUCUGGAUCUUUCUCUGCUGAAGGAAAAGUUACCUUUGACAGUCAAUAUUCAGGUAACUGAUCCUGAAAAACUAGAGCAGAUACGAGCAGAAGAGAUUGGAAUGACAAGGAGAAAAUGCCAAGCAAUCAUAGACUCUGGUGCUACACUAGUGUUGUGCACUGGGGGAAUAGACGAGAUGUGUAUCAAAAUGUUUAUUGACAAUGGUGUUAUUGCUGUUAGAAGGGUUGAUGGGGAUGAUCUUACAAGCAUAGCUAUGGCAUCAGGCACAGAAGUGAGAAAAUCAAUAGUUGAUGAAAAUAACGAGUAUAGAAUAGACUCUCUUGGUAGCUGUGAGGAGUUCGAGGUUAGAGCCAUUGGAGAGUAUGAGCUGUGCUACUUUAGCGGAUUCUCCAAUAAGCUUCCGACAGUGCUGAUUAGAGGACCCAAUGCACAGAUUGUAGACGAAGUUCAAAGAUCACUGAACGAUGCCAUCCAGAUCCUAAAGAGAACCUUGGAAUCCAGGAGCGUAGUGCCUGGUGGUGGUGCCGUGGAAUGUGCUUUGAGCUUUCUACUAGAGGAUUUUUCCACAAAGGUUAAUAUUAAGGAGCAUGUGGCUGUAUAUAAGUAUGCCGAGGCCAUACUUGAAAUACCAAAAAUCCUUGCUACGAAUGCAGGCCUGGAUGCGAGUGUGCUGGUUUCCAAGAUGCUAGGAAUGCAGUUUGAGCAGUACGAGCAAGGAAAUUUUGAUAAGUUUUUUGGACUCGAUGUUGUAAAGGGAGAUGUCCAGGAAAAUUUUGUGAAUGGCAUUUUAGAGCCAACGGUCUAUAAGCUUAAGGCUUUGAAAGCUGCAACUGAGGCUGCGAUCAGUGUACUGAGAAUCAAUGAGAUUGUUGUAUUCCCAAGUAACCAAUAA